AUGUGGAGGCCAUCGGCAUCUGUAUCUUUAGCGGAGCUCCCGCUCUUCCAGACGGGACGCUGCCUGAGCUGCCAAUUCCGAAACACCGGAGUCCUCUCGCACCUCGGCACGAAAUCCGCAUUGGUUCGCCAGUAUGCCACCGAGAACAGCGCGAGAAAGUCUGGCAAGUCCGAUAACAACGGCGAACCAAUUAUCACCAAACGCCCCCCUCGCGAACCACAACGUCUCCGGCGCGACGUCGGAUUCCAACAGAAUCCCAAUGCCAACCCGGCUGCUCAGCCAGGCGACGCGGAGUUUACGCCUCCGCAGCUAGACAGACCGAUUGGCUGUGCCGCGCCUCCGCAGGAAGGCGAAAAUACUGGAUAUGACAGCCGGUCGUUGCGGCAGCGACGGGACGACUUUGUCGACUACGACAAGCACAUUGCGCGGCGAAAGGAAUUAACGAGACAAGUUGCGAAACCCUACUUCCGAGAAUGGUCCAACCUGCGUUUCCAAGAAGGCAAAACAUUCGUGUCAAACCCACGGCUCUUCAAGGCCAAUCAUGCGCUAUACUUCCCCAACCUGCACGGCUUGACUCUCGCAUCGCCCAAAGACCCGCAAGACACAACGGCCACGCUGCGCGGCCAGAUCAGCGUCGUGAACCUGUUCUCUAGCAUGUGGGCCGAGUCUCAAGUGGCGACAUUCACAGGACCGAAGCAGAACCCCAGGCUUGCGGAGCUACUGGCUAGCGGUGGGGAGCAUGUGCAGAAGGUGGAUAUCAAUGUGGAGGAGAACUUGAUGAAGGCGUGGCUGAUCAAGCGGUUUAUGUGGAACAUGCGGAAGAAGAUGCCGCUGGAGCAGCAUGCGCGAUACUUCUUGAUCGAGAAGGGUUUCAGCGAGUUGCUGAAGGAGGCUGUUGGUAUGAUGAACACCAAGGUUGGCUAUGUCUACCUCGUUGAUUCGCAUUGUCGGAUCAGGUGGGCGGGAUGUGGCCCCGCGGAGGCUUCAGAAUUGGAAACUCUGAAUAACGGGUUGGCGAAGCUGAUUGACGAGAAGAAAGCGGGUGGUGACUUGGCCUAA